AUGAUGGCUGCGAAGCUUCAGAAAUGGCGGAAUCUGUCAGGUCGUCUAGAUCGGAUAUCUCGGAGCGACGCCGUACCGUCGAUUCGGCUCCUGCACGAAGGUCCGGACACGAUGGAGGAGCUCCUCGAUAGACAUCUGGCGAAGAAAGAGAAACCACUAAUCAACGACGACGAGGCCGAGUUUCUCAACAGGCGGCGUCUGACGAGCACGCGCAGGGAGGCUCUGAGUUUGUACCGAGACAUAUUACGCGCGACUCGGUUCUUCAUGUGGACUGAUAGGAGGGGGAUCCUGUGGAGGGACGUGCUGAGAGAGAACGCCAGGAAGGAGUUCGAGGCGGCGCGAUUUGAGACGGAUCCGGAGGUUAUCACGCGGCUGCUGAUCGGUGGAAGCGACGCCGUUUCGUCUGCAUUAGAUAAGCUCGCGGAGAAGCAAAAGGAGAUGAUCGAGUUAAAACGUCGAGGCGAUCAACAGUGA